UAUUUGCAUAGAGGCGGGUCCACUUCCCUAGCCUUCAGGCUUCCGUCCGUCCGCCUUCUUUUGAGCUUCCGUCCGCCUUCCUUCCGCGGAGCCGAAGAGCCACACGAGUCCACGCUCAGAUGCUUCCAAAGCGGCGGCGAAUGCGGGCCAGGUCUCCGGGCUGCGCUGACGCCUUCUGCUCACCGUCUUCGGCUCUUUUCCCCGGCGUCGCUAUCUACCUGGCCGAGCCGCGCAUGGGCCGUAGCCGCCGGGCCUUUCUCACACGCCUGGCGCUGUCCAAAGGUUUCCGCGUCCUGGACACCUACAGCUCCGAAGUGACUCAUGUGGUGAUGGAGCAGACCUCCGCGGAGGUGGCUGCCUGCUGGCAGGAACAGGCGGCUGCUCCUCCCCUAGGAUGCCCCCGCCCAGCUCUGCUGGAUAUCAGCUGGUUCACAGAGAGCAUGGCAGCUGGGCAGCCUGUGCCUGUGGAGAACCGGCACUGCCUGGAGGUGGCUGAGCCCAGGAAGGAGCCCUCAACCCCAGCAGUUUUGAUGCCAGCCUAUGCCUGCCAACGUUCCACACCCCUCGUGCACCACAACAGCAGCCUCUCGGAGGCCCUGGAGACGCUGGCAGAGGCAGCAGGCUUUGAAGGCAGUGAGGGUCGCCUCCUCUCCUUCCGCAGAUCAGCCUCAGUGCUCAGGGCCCUGCCUUGGCCUGUCACAGUGCUGAGCCAGUUGCAGGGGCUGCCACACUUCGGAGAACAUUCCUCUAACAUUGUCCAGGAGCUGCUGGAGCGAGGAGUAUGUGAAGAGGUGGAGAGGGUUCGCAGCUCUGAGAGGUACCAGACCAUGAAGCUCUUCACCCAGAUCUUCGGGGUCGGGGUAAAGACCGCUGACCGGUGGUACCGGCAAGGGCUGCGUACCCUGGACGAGCUCCGCGAGCAGCCCCAGAGACUGACCCGGCAGCAGUGGGCAGGGCAUGGGGUAGUGUGCACAGGGAAUCUUCCACUUCUUUCAAUGGAAUGGCUGCAGCACCACCAUGACCUGUGUACCCCUGUGGGGCGGCUGGACGCCAAGGCUCUGCAGCAGCUGGUGGAGGCCGCCGUGGGACGGGCCCUGCCUGGGGCCACAGUCACACUGACCGGCGGCUUCAGGAGGGGGAAGCUGCAGGGCCAUGACGUGGACUUCCUCAUCACCCACCCUGAGGAGGGCCGGGAGGCGGGGCUGCUGCCCAGCGUGAUGUGCCAGCUGCAGAGCCAGGGCCUCGUCCUGUACCACCAGCACCAGCGCAGCCAUUUGGGGGACCCUGGCCACCUAGCUCAGCAGAGCCACACCAUGGAUGCCUUCGAGCGGAGUCUCUGCAUCCUACGCCUGCUGCAACCCUCCGGGGCAGCCUGGAAGGCUGUGAGGGUGGACCUGGUGGUCGCCCCAUGGAGCCAGUUCCCUUUUGCCCUUCUCGGCUGGACUGGCUCAAAGCUCUUUGAGAGGGAGCUGCGCCGCUUUAGCCGGAAGGAGAAGGGGCUGUGUCUGAAUAGCCAUGGGCUGUUCCACCCAGAGCAGAAGACAUGUUUCCAUGUGGCUUCGGAGGAGGACAUCUUCACACACCUGGGCCUGGCAUACCUGCCCCCGGAGCAGAGGAAUGCCUGACCCCGUGCUGCCUGCGCCUGCCCUUACUGCUUGAACCCAUGACCGCUGAGCAUCUUCAUGCAGAUGUGCUGCUGCCCUGGUCUCACCUUUGGGGCACAGCUGUGGACACUGGGCCGGCUGGCCUACCCACGCCCCAUGUGUGUCAUGGCGCUGUGGUGGGGCUGCACCAUCCACCGAGGCCCAGUGACCAUGUCUCCUGAGGCCCCUGCCCCUGCUGUAGCCAAGAGGUGGACCAACAGGUGCCCUGCUGGACCAAGAGGACCGCUAUGAGGUGUGGGCAUAUGGAGGGGACUGAGGCCAAGAGAACUUCAGCCCCAAGGCGUCCUGCUUCUGCCUCAGGCCUACCUCAGUGUUCUUAAAAACAGGCCACCGCACUGCAGCCGUACCAACCCCAGAGCUCUCACAGUGUGGGGAGCUGGUGUCCUGCCCCCUAGCCAGCUCACCCACGUGCCCUUCUUGCGCCCCUGGCCCAGCACCACCCACCCAUCUUAUGGUUCCUCAUGGGCUUCAGCCCCUGCGGCAGCCUCUGUCCCCUCUGCAGGGCCAGUGUUCUGCGCGGUGCUCUGUACAUCCCCAAGCAUAGUGGCCUUGGGUCGCCCUUGCCAUAUUGUGCACCAAGAGCCCACUGUCCCCACCUUCUCCAGGUCCUAAGGCACCUUGCCAGGUGAGGGCUUCCCAGACCAGUCACCCACUGCAUUGAAAUAUUUUGAAAGUUAAUGUGCAAUAAAAACAUACUAUU